GUAGAUAUAUAGCGUUCCAAUAGUUUUUCCACCAGAUGGAGAGAUGCCUGUACAGUCGCACCUGUUCGAGUGCCGUGCACACCGCGAUGACGUCAUUUUACCGCGUCAAGUCUUUCAGAAGGAAAGGACGCGCUGGCAUGAGGAAGAUGGCGUGCAAACGGCGUGUUGUUCAUGAGGAGAGUGAUGAUGAAGAUGGAAACUGUUUAUCGCCUGAGGAUGAGGACUCUGAGGAGGAGAGAAUCGACCCUGCUGAGGAUGACGUAAGUGAAGACGCCGAGCACCAAACACACCCUACUGGACAACCAGCGAAGCGAUCUCGCCCGUGUCGCCGUUCGCCGUCUCCGCCUGCAGGUGAAACCGAGACGUCGUGGAAAACAGAACGAGAUGCCGACGAGGCUCCGGCUGCGAUGCGGUUUCAGCCUGCACGGUCGCCUGGAGUGCAGCUGAGUUCAGCAGACACAAACACGCCUCUGGACUUGUUCAAACGUUUCUUCGCUCCAGAUGUGGUGAACACGCUGUGCAGGAACACCAACAAAAUGGCCACCAAGAACGCCACCAGAGGGUGCAAGUACAAAUGGACCGACGUGACCACAGAGGAGUUUUACAAGUAUAUUGGAUUGGUUCUGUACAUGGCUGCCAUAAAGCUGGACCGCAUCUGUGAUUACUGGCGGCGGAACAGCAUUUUUUCCUUCGCGUACCCAGCAAUGGUUAUGGCGCGGGACAGGUACAGGACCAUCUCGUGGAACGUACACUUGAGCGAUCCAGACAAGGACCAAGAGAACGAUGGAUUGUUCCUGGUGAAACCUCUGAUGGAUGUGAUUCGGCUUGCCUGCAAAGCAUUCUAUCAUCCACGGAGAAGUCUCGUGGUGGAUGAACGAACGAAGGUGAAGCCCACAAAGUGUGGAUUCAGGUUGUUCACGCUGACCGAUUCCAGCAACGGGUACAUAGUGGAUUUUGUUGCUUACACAGGAAAGGAAUGGUACCACACAGGGCGGGGACUCUCGUACGAUGCCGUGACGUCCCUCGUGAAUCGUUCCUUUUUGGGUUCUGGGUACCACGUGUUCAUGGAUGAUUUCUAUACGAGCCCAAAACUCUUCAGGGAUCUGUACUCUCAAAGUUUUGGUGCUUGUGGAACAUACCGGGAACACAGGAAAGGCUGUCCACGCGCUAUAUCCAAUGCUCUGACUAAGAAGUCGGGAAGAGGAUCCAUCAGGUGGAUCAGGGACGGUCCUGUGGUGUUUGUAAAGUGGAUGGACACGGACGAAGUCUCGGUUUGCUCCACGAUCCAUGCAGCCUUCACUGGAGACACGAUAAAGUGCGAGGUGAAGGGUAAAAACAGGACGUGGACGACUGCAACGUUUUCGUGCCCGUCUCCUGUCUCGCAGUACCGUGAACACACGGAGGCCGUGCACUCUUCUGACCAGCUGACCCGAUAUUACACGACGCAGCACAAGACGCUCAAAUGGUACCGCAAAAUGUUUCUGCAUUUUCUGGACAUCGCCACCUUCAAUGCCUACGUCUUGCACAAAGAGCUUGCGUUACAACGACAGGAAGUAAUCUUGAGCCGCAAAGCGUUUACAGAGGAGCUGAUCGCGCAGCUGUGCGGCGGGAUGCCGCAGACGCCUCCUGUGGAACCUGAGACCUGCGACCACGUACCUGUUCCGGUGUUGGUUUCGGACGUCGGAACGGUCGUGUCGUCUGGACGCAGAAGCUGCGUUCUUUGCACUAAGAAUUUAGGCAGGAAGUCCUCGAGCACUCCGUGGAAGUGCAAAGCGUGUGGCGUCCCACUUUGCCUCCAGCUGACCCGGAACUGUUUCCAGCUCUGGCACAAAGACCAAGUCUGAGAAAUUCAACUCGACCUUCACGUUAGCUCGGCUAGUUUUUAUCAGUUCUGCAUUCAGGCAAGUCCUAAGCAUAUUUCUGGACAAACCUGCUCCAUGUCUCAUGCUAAUGUGACCUCAUGGUUCCACAGGGCUAACGAUAAUAUGGUACUAAUCUACAGCUGCCCACCUAGCAUGUUUAAAAAAAAAAAAUAAUUAUUUUGUUACCUUAUGCAUUAUGUAGUAACACAAGAUUUAGCAUUAGGGAUGUCAUUAUUUUUAUGCAGUAAACUUUGUAUUUUCUCUUGAGUUUACUGAGCAGUUCCUUCUUUCCAGGAAAUAAAAACUCAGUUACUGUACAUUUUAUUCACUGGAUAAGAGUUUGGCAAAUGUAGUGUAUUGUUUGUAAUAAAUGCGCCACAAAAAAACAGUCUCGGUCUGAGUUAUUCCUAACAGGUCAUGUGACCAGAUUAGCAUUACAGUUUAGUUCAUUUAUUAGAAUUGUGUACCGAGGGAGAUAAACACAAUAACCAAACUGCCCCCAAGGGGUGUUUAUGAACCAAUGACCGAGUUAGCAGGAUCAGACUGGUGCAGGAUUGGACUGGUUACUGAUCAGACAGCUGAAGGUUUGACAUGAUCCGAAAUUUGUCUGUUCUUCAAAGCUGUUAUUGGAAAUUCCAUCAAAACAAAAUCUGUUGGGUUAAAAAUAUAAAAGGUCAGCGUAAAUCAUGUAAACAUAAAACUAAAUUCGAUCAUAUGUGGCUAAAUUGUUGUUGAUGAUGAUGAUGAUGAUGAUGGAGUCCUCCCAGUUAAUUACAGCUUUAGCGUCUUAUCAUUCAGGUAGAAUUCAUACAUUUAUGGAUACUUAAAUAAUUUUUUACUUGAUGCGUUAGCACAGGGAUGCGCGGCGUUGUCAUGGCUAAUGGGCGGGGCUUAGGGCUCGGUGAUACAAUGAUUAUAAUAUUGACCUUGUCAUGCAAUAUGAAAUAAAUAUAUAUUUUGUAUAUAUAUUUACAUAUAUUAUCUUUUUAUGAUACUUUUUUUUCACAAACUGACUAGAAGCAGCCGAUUUUAUCUACAUUUUUUGCACUUUAUACUUAAAAUUAUUUUA